AAAUAAUAAUAACAAUAAUAAACAGAGAAGAGAGAAGAAAAAAAACGAAGCAUAUUCAAUGUAAUAUGGAAGAUUAUAGAAAAAAAACAGAGGUUUUACGUGAAAAGUACAAGGAAUAUCUGAAACCAAUAGAUCCGUUGCGACCACUUGGUCGUGAGCCCUCCGAGCUGAUGCCGCCGCCUGGUAAAAAGGUGCAAACCUGCUUUAACCUAAAGGAAAAGUUUCCCAGGGGCGAAGAGCUGAUCAGAACGUUGGGCAAACGGACCAUGCUUGAUAGGCUUGAGGAAUAUAAUCAAUUUAAGGUGCCGCUUCAAUGCCCCUGCCAAGCUAUUACCCAGGGUGGCGAUCCAGCCAGAAAGAAGAAGCGCGGCAGUGGCCCAACUAAGGCCAAGAGACCCAAGAAGGAGCCCCAGCAUAUCGUAUGCUCCGUUAACAAUCUGCCCCCUGCCUUUAGCGAUCCGCAACCAAUUUCCCAGCCAACUCCUCCCGUUGACACGAUAGCUACCCGCUAUACGAACGCCAACCUGCAGAUUGCAGCGCCUGUAGGGAACAUUAAAAGUGAUAAAGAUAUGAGCCAGCAGGCCAUCACCAGCCAGCGCAAGUACAUACGAGCCAAGGCUGCUGAGAUUCAGAAAAAAUCAGUGGCCCUGCAGCAAAAGAUGGCCAAGCCGAAGGCUACCCUAACCCCAAAGAAGCCACUGCAGAAGAAGCCAAUUGUGGAUGACAACUUGUGUGGGGUAAAAUUGAAGCGAACUGCCCCAAAGAAGCUACCUUUGCCGAAGAGGCCGACUGCUUCAAAGAAGGCAUCUGCACUGAAGAAGCAGACGAAAAAAACUGCAACAUUGGCCGCAGGCUCAUCUUUGCCUGAUACCCCAAGAAAAACGGCUGGCGGGAAAUCAAACCAGCUGCCGAAUACUUCGAACAUGAGUGGACCGAGCUCGACGCCAAUUACUCCUGGGAAACAGUUUAUCCCACAACAGAUGCAGCAACCAACGACGCUGACUACGGGAAGAAAUACGAUGCCAACUACUCCUGGGCAACAAUUUGUUCCGCAACAGAUGCAGCAGCCAGUAACUCCUACCAUAGAAAGGAGCUCUUAUGGAUCGAAUCCGAUGCCAACUACUCCUGGCAAGCAAUUAAUGCCACAACAGGUGCAACAGCCAACAACUCCGAUCACGGGAAGGAGUACGUGUAGAGCAAAUUCUAUGCCAACUACUCCUGGGAAACAAUUUAUUUCACAACAGAUGCAUCAGCCAACAUUUCCGACCAUGAGAAGGAACUCUUGUGGGCCCAAUGCGAUGCCAACUACUCUCGCCCAGCCAUGUAUCCCACAGCAGAAGCAGCAACAAGCAGCGCCAACAGAUGGAAGUUUAUGUGGAAUAACAUCCAAGCGAACUAACCCAACAAGGCCAGUAAUGCAUCCGCAGAAGCCGCUACAAGCAACUCCAACCAUGGAAGGGAUCGCAUGUGGCUUUAAUUCGAUGCCAACUUUUCCUGGGCCACAAUUUAUCCCACAACAGACGCAGCAACAAACAACUCCGACCAUGGGAAGGAGCUCGUGUGGUCCCAAUCCCAUGCCAACUUUUCCUGGGCAACAAUUUGUCCCACAACAGAAGCAGCAACCAGCAACGCCAACCGAUGGAAGCUUAUGUGGAAUAACAUCCAAGCGAACCAACCCAACGAGGCCGGUGGUGCCACCGCAGAAGAUUCCACAAUCAACUUCUGCCAUUGGAGGGAGCUCAAGUGGACUCAAUUCGAUGCCAACUACCACAGGGAAACCAUUUGUUUCACUACAGAAGCAGCAACCAGCUCCGCCAACAGAUGGAAGUUUAUGUGGAAUAACAUCCAAGCGAACUAACCCAACCAGGCCGGUGGUGCCACCGCAGAAACAGACACAAGCUACUUCAACCAUAGGAGGGAACUUAAGUGGACUCAAUUCGAUGCCAACUACCACAGGGAAACCAUUUGUUCCACUACAGAAGCAGCAACCAGCUCCGCCAACAGAUGGAAGUUUAUGUGGAAUAACAUCCAAGCGAACUAACCCAACCAGGCCGCUGGUGCCACCGCAGAACCAAACGCAAGUUACCCCAGCCUUGGGAGGGAGUGCAAGUGGACUUAAUUCGAAGCCAACUCUUCCUGCGAAACCAUUUGUUCCACAAAAGAAGAAGCAACCAGAGACGCCAAUAGACGGAAGCUCAUGUGGAAUAACAUCCAAGCGAACUAACCCAACAAGGCAAGUGGUGCCACCGCAGAAACAAUAUCAAGCUAUUUCAGCCAUGGGAGGGAGCUCAAGCGGGCUCAAUUCGAAGCCAAUUCCUGGGCAACAAUAUGUCCCACAACAGAUGCAGCAAACGACCUUGAGAGGGAGCUCGUGCGGACUGAUUUCGAUGGCAACUGCUCCUGGGAAAUUAUUCGUCCCACAACAGAAGCCACAACUGACAACGCCUUCAGAUGGAAGUUUGUGUGAACUAACAUCUAAGCGAACUGAUCCAACAAGGCCUGUGGUGACACCGCAAAAGCAGCUACAAACAAUUUUAGUCAUGGGAGAGAAAUCAAUGUCAACUAUUCCGGGGCGGUCGUCACUACCAACAACUCCCUCAAUGGGAGGGAAAUCAUUUGGACUUAAUUCAUUGCCAACUAUUCCUGGUCAGCAUUCUAUUCCACAGCAGUCGAUGCUUCCAAAAACUCCAACCAUAGGAGGCAGCUCAUGCGGUGUAGCAGUAAAGCCAAGGAGGCCACUUGUGCCACUGCAGAUGGAGCCCUCAACAACGGCUAACAUGGGCGAUAACUUAUUGGGAAUAACUCCGAAGCCAACUAACCCAAGGAGGCCAGCUGUGCCACCCAAAAAGCCGAUACCAAACACUCUAAACGGGAAUGAAAAUUUAUUAGGAAUCACAUCAAAGCCAACUAACCCAAGGAGGCCAGUUGUGCCACCCAAAAAGCCGAUACCAAACACGCUAAAAGUAAAUGAUAAUAUAUUAGGAAUAACAUCAAAACCAACUAACCCAAGGAGGCCAGCUGUGCCACCCAAAAAGCCGAUACCAAACACUCUUAACGUCAAUGAAAACAUAUUGGGAAUAACAUCAAAACCAACUAACCCAAGGAGGCCCGUUAUGCCUCCCCUAAAGCAGUUACCAAAAACGUCAACCAUGGGUGACAGCUUAUUGGGAAUAAUAUCAAAACCAACUAAUCCAAGGAGGCCGGUUGUACCACCUCGAAAGCAGCAGUCAACCGAUCCAAGCAAUAGUGGGAUUAUUGAAAUACCAACUACAAGGAGGACCGUUGCGUCCCAGCAGCUGCCAAAAGGUCCAACGGUGGGAGGGAAUAAAAAUGGACUGAAUUCGAUGCCCGCCUUGGACUGGUUUGAUUAAGCGGAAGCAUCCCAUUUUAAUCAAGUUUAUAUAAUAUUUGCGAUGCGACUAACUGACCAUACAGUGAUUAUUCAUUAAAGUAAAGUUUAUAUAAA